CUCGCGCAGGCCGCGGUGCGCACACCCACACGCGCGCACCACGCACAUCCGAGGCCUGGUGUGGCUCAACGAGCGACGGGGGGCAGUGCCCGUCGCAAUGCACCUCGGCGUCGAUGCGCCCGAGGAGGCGACGGCCCCCUCGAUCUCCACCUCGCCAUCCGCUCGCGCACUGACAGCUGGAGGUUAUGUUCGCGGCUGGCCGGGGCCCCGAGCGCGCAGAGACAACAGCACAUAACCUUGAAGACGGCCGUUUAACCAGGAGCGAUGCAGCCACCGUCGUCGUCCUCGACGUCGGCCAGGAGGGAGCCAGCGAUGACCGUCACCCACAUACUGACGUUCGUCAAUUUAGCAGAUACCGGAGGCCAAAGAGUUGACAUGACGCAUUUUGACCUACUUAAAGUCCUUGGGACCGGAGCCUACGGCAAAGUGUUCCUGGUGCGCAAGAGAAUCGGCGCCGACACCGGCCGCCUCUAUGCCAUGAAAGUAUUGAAGAAGGCGUCGAUCGUCCAGAGAAAGAAGAUGACCGAGCACACGAAGACCGAGAGGCAAGUCCUCGAGGCCGUCCGGGACAGUCCUUUCCUGGUGACGCUGCAUUACGCCUUCCAGACGGACGCAAAGCUCCACUUAAUCUUAGAUUACGUGAGCGGCGGCGAGCUCUUCACCCACCUCUAUCAGAGGGAGCACUUCGCUGAGGACGAGGUGCGAAUCUACGUGGGGGAGAUCAUACUGGCCCUCGAGCAGCUUCACAAGUUGGGCAUUAUAUACCGGGACAUCAAGCUGGAGAAUAUUCUAUUGGACCGCGAAGGACACAUCAUCCUCACGGACUUUGGCCUGAGCAAGGAGUUUCUGCCGCACGAACGCGACAGCAAUCCUAGGGCUUACUCCUUUUGCGGCACCAUCGAGUACAUGGCACCGGAAGUCGUCAGCGGCGUCGCUGGCCACGAUUUCGCCGUCGACUGGUGGAGCGUCGGUGUGCUGACGUACGAGCUGCUGACGGGUGCCUCGCCGUUCACGGUCGAGGGCGAACGCAAUACCCAGCAGGAGAUCUCGCGGCGUAUCCUGAAGACCGAGCCUCCGAUACCCCAGGGUCUGAGCGGCUUUGUGCGCGACUUUAUAUCGCGCCUGUUGGUGAAGGAGCCGCGACGGCGUCUCGGCGGCGGACCCCGCGACGCCCGCGAGCUCAAGGAGCACGCCUUCUUCAAGCGGGCGCCGCCGCCUUUUGGCUGGCCGGCCCUCGAGAGGCGAGAGGUGCCACCGCCCUUCGUUCCUCGCAUCGCCCACGAGCUCGACACCAGCAACUUCUCCGAAGAGUUUACCAAAAUGGCGGCGGCCGACAGUCCCGCCGUCGUUCCGCCAAACUACGACAAAAUAUUUCGGGGCUACUCGUACGUAGCACCGUCCAUUCUCUUCGGAGACAACGUCGUCUCGGCUGAUCUCCUCGGCUCCUCUGAAACUCUCCCAAUAUCCCAGCGACCUUCGGCCUCGGAUGUGCUGGCGGCUCGCUUCGAAGAGUCGACCUUCUUCCAGCAGUACGAGCUCGACCCCCGGCAGCAGGCCCUCGGUGACGGGAGCUUCUCCGUGUGCAGACGGUGCAGGCAUCGACAAACUCGACGCGACUACGCCGUGAAGAUCGUCAGCCGGCGCGUCGACUGCGGCCGCGAGGCCAGCCUCCUGCGCGCCUGCCAGGGCCACCCGAACAUAGUCGAGCUCGUGGAGGUGCACCAGGAUCGCGCGCACACGUACAUUGUAAUGGAGCUGCUCUCGGGUGGCGAGCUGUUGGCGCGCGCCCGAGCCCAGCAGAGACCCUUCGGCGAGCAGCGGGCCCGGCUGGUCAUGGCCCAGCUGGCCUCGGCGCUUCGCUUCAUGCACGCCCGAGGGAUCGUCCACCGGGAUCUCAAGCCGGAGAACGUCGUAUUCGUUCACUCGGGCGAAGACUCGCCCGUCAAGCUCGUCGACUUUGGAUUUGCGCGGCUGCGCCGCGCCUGCGAGCCCCUUCACACUCCCUGCUUCACCCUCCCGUACGCAGCGCCGGAGGUUCUCGCCCGGCAGGCCUACGACGAGAGCUGCGACCUCUGGAGCCUCGGUGCCAUCCUUUACUCGAUGCUGUCGGGGAAGCCACCAGGCCGAACGGACGCCGGCGUCGAGCUCGACCUUGACGCGGACGAACUGCGCGAGAGGCUCUCGGGCCCGGGUCGCCAGGUGCUCCGUGGUCUCCUCGCCGCGGAACCGACGGUCAGGCUCACGGCGGCGGCCCUCGCCAAUCACCCAUGGAUCGCUGGCACCGACGGCCUCGAUGAACCAGCGACGCACAGUACCCACGGUAACGGAGUUGGCGGCGGCAGCAGCAGCGGUAGC